AUGAAUUUUAUCUUUUAUGAUUAUGUUCUUCGCGACGAGUUUCGGUUGGAACCGCAAAACACGAGAGUCGCUCAAGGUGAAACUGUUGUGUUGGAGUGUGGACCACCUAAAGGCUCCCCGGAGCCGACAAUCUCAUGGAAGAAAAACGGCCAGAAACUUGAGACUGACGCAUCUAAGAGGAUUCGUAUUGUUGAUGGAGCUAAUUUGGCAAUACAAGACGUUCGACAAUCUGACGAAGGUUCAUAUCAAUGCGUCGCAAAAAAUGUUGUCGGUAUUCGGGAUUCGUUUGCGGCUUUUCUCAAAGUUUAUGUUAAACCUUUUCUAAUACGUGGGCCAAACAAUCAAAGCGUUGUUGAAGGUUCUUCGGUGACAUUUCAAUGUCGUGUAGGUGGUGAUCCCAUGCCAGAUGUUCUCUGGCGAAGAAGCGCAGCUGGUGGAAACAUGCCACUUGAUCGAGUUCAUAUUCUUGAAGACCGAAGUCUCAGACUCGAUGAUGUCAUUAUUGAGGAUGAAGGUGAAUAUAGUUGUGAGGCUGACAAUGCAGUUGGAACGAUCACAGCAACAGGAAUUUUAAAUGUUUACUCAACACCAACACUUGUCAUUCGUCCAUCACCAAAAGUCGUUGAAGCGCCAAUGGAUGUUGCAUUUGAAUGCAAAGCAGUUGGUCAACCUCAGCCACUUCUCUUUUGGUCGAUCGAAGGCAAUCGUUCAUUGAUCUUUCCCCCAAAUCAAUUUGAUCGUUUCGAAACGACAAUAACACCAGAAAGUUCUUCAAUUUUAACUAUUCCAGCAACAGCAAAGAAUGACAAUGGUGUUGUGAUUGUUUGUAGUGCAGUUAACGCUGUUGGUUCUGUUAGUGUUCGAGCACGUCUUACAAUCUCAUCACAAGAAGAUCGACCACCACCGAUUAUUCUUCUUGGUCCUGUUAAUCAAACACUUCCAGUAAAAUCCGUCGCUAAUCUUGUCUGCAAAGCGAUUGGAACUCCAACACCCAUCAUUUCAUGGUAUCUUGAUGGAAAUCCUUUACAAGGAGCAUCUGAAAUCAUUGGCUACACAAUUGAAGUCUUUCCCAAUGACAAUACAAAAGGUUGGCUUACGAUUGGACAACGAAUUGAAAGUUUGUCAUUCACACAUGACAUGGUCUCCAAGGACUUAACUUACAUUUACAUUGUACGAGCUGAAAAUACUUUUGGUCUCGGUCCACCGUCGCCAAUGUCAGAAGCGGUUACCAUUGGAAAAGAUUACAACAUUGUUGAUGACAUCAAUUUAAGUGAAGCUCAAGCGACAUUGUCAACAGGAAAAGUUGUAAACUUACUUGAAGCAAAUGCAACAGAUUCAACAAGCGUUCGACUUGUGUGGGAAGCAAACUCGAAUGGCGUCUAUAAAAUGUUAACAGCUCUGCAUGGUGGAGGCGCUUCCGCUUGUACAAUAACACAAUUAGAGAAGAACACACUUUACGACUUUUUCUUGAUUCCCUUCUACAAAAGCAUCGAGGGAAAGCCAUCAAACCUGAAACAAACAACGACACUUGAGGACGUGCCAAGUUCAGCACCGAUUAAUAUGGAAGCAGUUCUUUUGAACACUUCAGCAGUUUAUUUAAAAUGGCAACCACCGCUGUCCGAAAACUUGAAUGGCGUUUUAAAAGACUAUCACGUAAUCGUCCGAGGUUAUGACAUGUACAACAUGUCACGCGUACUCACAAACAUGACUGUUGACGGUGACUCACCUAAAUUAAUGUUAGCAAAUUUGACAGCAGGUGUGACAUAUUCAGUGAGUGUUUCAGCAUCGACAAAAGUCGGCUAUGGUCCUUACAGUUCACCUUCAAUUCUACGACUUGAUCCAAGCACUAAUAAACUCGAUCAAGGUUACGUUCGAUAUCCAAUCAACCGUGAUUACUCCGAUGAUAUUAUCACGCAGACUUGGUUUAUUGUUCUUCUGGGCUCGAUUAUUGCGAUUAUAGUUUUCCUGUUUGGAGCAACCGUUUUGUUCAGGAAAAUUCAGUACAUUAAACAUAAUUCACUAACGAGCGUGCAUGAAGGUAACAAAAAUGUUGAACUGUAUGACAUCAAAAAGGUUCAAAGUUUGCUUGACAGUCAGUGGGAUCAGCAAGAUCUUUAA